AUGUCAACCACGGCAAACAGCUCCACUCGGGGCGCUGACAAGUCGCCUUCAAAGCCCGUGGCAAAGUCAAGGCAAAGCCUGGCGCCUCCCGGAGCUCGACGUAGUGUAGCUCCAAGAAGCAGCGCAGCUCCGACCAAACCGUCUUCGGCUGCGCCAGCUGCAGCUGCAAGGACGGCUCGAACAGCAGCAGGAAAUCGGACCGCAAAUGUAGCCUCCACCUCGGUCGAUGCUUCCAGCGGCCAGUACGACAGCCCAGGCAUCGAUGCUCGAUUUGCCGAUCGUCUGGCGGAGCUCAGCGUGGGUGAUGAUAGCGCUCUCAUGGACUUCGGAGGUGAAACAGACGCUUCGCCUCUCGUCUCCCUGUCAAGUCGGAGCGGAGCGGCUGGACCACGCGCUUCGUUUGGCAAAAGAGGACCGAGACCUUCAUGGGGUCCAAAGGCUUUCUCGCACAAAGAUGCGGCGUUUGCCCCCGCGCCUGUACACUCUAAACAGAACAUGCGAUUCUUGGAGGGAAUAGGCGCAGACUCGUCUGCUGCAGAGGAGAGCCAAGUAGGAGGAAGCAAAGCACCCAUCUCUGGAACGUCUGGACGAGCGCGGGCUAGACAGUCUCUCUUUCAAAAAUCCUCCCUCUUCUCUUCGGAUGGUGCGGCUACAUCGACAAGUGGGGCAGCGGCAGAUGCAGACGAGUCCUUCGACUUUCAAGGAACGCAAGCCGAGCUUGGUCUGGGCCAGGGCGACCAUGGUCGCGGCGACGGACGCGCGAGCGGGCAGGCCAAAUUCACACCUCGUGCGACCACCGCGUCGGGCUUGCCGGCGAACGACGAACCAACUCAACCUGGCAAGGCCGAGACACAGGAACAGCGCCGAGCUCAAUUGGACGAGUUGAGGCGGAUGAACGAAGUGUUUGAAGGGUACGAGAAGAUGCUUCGUGGGACGACGGAUCAAGUCGACGUGAGUCUCGUGGGCUGUUCGUGAACGCUCUGCGAGCGCCGAGCGAUCAGCAGACCUAAUAUACUGCCGUUUGUGCUUUCCUCAGGACUUUUCACAACGCAUCGCAGAGACCGAUGCUCUUUUGGAUAUGUAUAUUGAUCUACUCAGACAAGCUGACCGCACACAGCGCCUCUUGUUGGAUGGCGACUGGAAAGGUGCGACGGAAGUGAGUGCUCUCGACGCAGACCAAGGCUUGGCAUAUGCCUCGCUUGUCGGCACGAGGUCACGCGCUGACACCCUAGCCGCCGCGUCGUGAUAGGAUGCGGCAGCUCACGCGCUGUCUCUGGAACUCGCUGAACGAGAGACGGCUCGACUUCGAGCGGCCGCACAGGCCGAAGCAGCAGCGCGAUCAGCAGCUGUCGAGAGAGCGCAAGCCGAGGCCAGAGCGAGGAGUGCUCCUGCUGGUACCGGGACUGGACGAGGAGGCGCUGCAGGUGGACGAGGUGCGGUUCGAGGCGCGACAGCGGCUGCGAGAGGUGCAAGAGGAGCUGCCACAGGUGUUAGAGGUCGCGGCGCAUCGACGGGGACCAGAGGAGCUUCAGCUGCGAGUGCUACGUCUACCGCCGCUCGAGGACGUGGCGCUGGUGAGUUUGCUCGCAUAAUCGUUGUUCUAGCUGCGCACUGGUAUGCUGACCCGAGACUUUGCACGCACGCGUGUGUCUAGCUGGGCCUCCUGCCACGAUUACCAGAGCUUCAGGCAUCGCGCGAGCUAGACCCACAUCGACGGGCGUACCAUCGAGAGGCACGGCCAGCGGCAGGGGUACAGCUCGCAGCUCAGGCUAUGGACAAUGA